AUGAAUUUAUUUAAUCGAAUACUACUUAUUUAUUCUGUAAUACAGAUUUUGAAAUCUGAUCCAAUAAAUCGUGAUAUAAUAAUUGAUGGUAAUUUUGAUGAUUGGUUAAAUGUUCCAUCUUAUAGUGAUCCAAGAGAUAAUAUAAAUGGUACAGUUUAUCAAGAAAGUCCAUGGUUUCCUUCAUUAAAAAUUCCAGAUUGUCAUGAUGCACACACUAAAAUACCAACUGACAUGCCAAAACAUACUUAUAAUCCAAAUGUAAAUAUAAUUGAAUUUAAAAUAGCCCACGAUGAUUCAUCGUUAUAUGUAUAUUAUCGUGUAGUUGAUAAUGGAGUCAUUGGUAAGACUUCAGUUGGAUCGGAUAAAUUUAAUCGAAGUGAUCCAUCAAAACCAUCAGCUGGAAGGUUUUAUAUAAUAGCAACAGUUAAUCUUGAUAUGAAUGACACAACAGGUUAUUGGUUACAUGAAGGUGGUUAUUAUCCAACCGCACCUGGUUUUGAUGCAAAUUUUGAAAUUGAAUUCUAUAACGGCACAUAUAAUCAAGGUUAUUAUCUCGAUCAUGCUGCUAAUAAUACUAAUGAGACCAAGUAUACAAGAGAAGAAAAUAUACAAAAUAAGUUAGCAUUUCGUCCUGCCUAUUAUGAAUACUACACUGAAUACGUUUAUUGGAGACAGAAGCCAACUCAAGAUGAAAUCAAAAGAUGUUUAGAUGGACCAUAUGAAUUACCUAGUCCAUAUAACAAUAGUUAUAUCUGUUUUAGUCAAGAUUUAGCACCUGGACCAUACAAUGGCAUUGUAACUUAUGCGCUGAGUGCAAAAGGCAACGAAUUAGAAAUGCGAGCUCCAUUUCAAGGAUUCUUAUUAAACAAAGAUACAGGCCUGCCAACUUUACAAUUGGGAAUGACAGUAAAUAUAUCUUUAUCAUUAGAGACAACUCCAGAAUAUUCAAUACCACAAGAAUGGGCCUCGGAUACAACAGCAACAAUUCAAUAUACACUCUCAGAAAGAUGA